CCCCAAAAGCCGUUUUUUUUCUCUCCACUUCUACAGCUUCACCUCCAUUUUUUUCAAAGAAGAAUAACAACCUCUCAAAGCUAAAUCAUUUUUGCUCAAAACUCUUCCAUUUUUUCUUUCUUUCUCUCUUCUUCCUUUCUUCUUCUUCUUCCUGUUUUCUGCAGGGGAGAAGAGCGUUUGAUUGGAAUUUAAUUUGCUCAAAUGUAAAUAUAUUCAGAGCUUAUUUCUAUGAAUUUUUUGUUAGCUCCUUUCCUGCAUAUUAUUACAGGAAGCUUCUAUUGAUUCAUUUGAGCAUUUGACACAAAUUCCAAAUAUCCCAAUGGAAGGUAGAAGAGUUGCUGCUUGUGACCAAGAAAAUGGAGAAAAAGAAGGUAAUAAAAAAGCGGAAGAUAACAACAACAACAACAACAAUAACAGAGACGAUAAUCAGUACUCAUCAUCAUUAUCACCAAGAGGAGUAUUAGAAAUUCCUACAUUGAAUUCAUCAGAUUCAGACAAUAGCAGCAUUAGCAGCAGUGAUGAUAGGAGCAGCAGUUUUGCAUCAUCAUCUUCAGGGGAAUUAAUUCAAGGUGUUUAUUGGAAAAAUCUUUUUGAUAAUAUAAAAAGAAGGUCAAUGAGAAGAUUGUCAAGUAUACCAUUAUUAGGAGGGUAUGAGAUGAUAUUACCAAAGAAUAUAAGGAGAAUUUUGUCCAAAAAUAGAAGUGCUGAAGAAGAAUCUACUGAUUGUGAUGAUGAUUCUGUUAUUCCAAAACCUUCUUGGAGGAAUUUUAGCUAUAGGGAUCUUGCUGAAGCUACUGAUAAUUUUAAUCAAGACAACUUGAUUGGGCAAGGUGGACAUGCAGAAGUGUACAAAGGAUGUUUGCCUGAUGGUCAGAUUGUCGCGGUGAAGAAGAUAACAAAGCAAGAAAAGAAUGAUGAGGACAAAGUUGAUGAUUUCUUAUCUGAGCUGGGAAUUAUUGCUCACAUUAACCAUCCUAAUGCUGCUAAAUUAAUCGGUUAUAGCGCUGAUGGCGGAUUGUACCUUAUUCUUCAGUUCUUACCCCAUGGAAGCAUCGGUACUUUACUACACGGUUCAGAAGAGAGACUUGAAUGGGGAAUAAGACAUAAAGUUGCUGUUGGUGUAGCUGAGGGAUUGCAUUAUCUUCAUUGUGAUUGCCAAAAGCGCAUAAUCCAUAGAGAUAUUACAGCCUCAAACAUUUUACUAACUGAAGAUUAUGAACCUCAGAUUUCUGAUUUUGGACUAGCAAAAUGGCUGCCAGAAAAAUGGGUUCAUCAUGUUGUUUCUCCCAUUGAAGGAACUUUCGGAUAUAUGGCUCCAGAGUAUUUUAUGCAUGGAAUUGUUCAUGAAAAGACAGAUGUAUUUGCCUUUGGAGUUUUACUAUUGGAGCUUAUUACUGGUCGUCGUGCAGUUGAUUCGUAUAGAAAAAGCCUUGUGAUGUGGGCAAAACCAUUAUUGGAAAACAACAGCAUCAAGGAAAUAGCAGAUCCUCGUUUAGGCGAUGACUAUGAUGUUGUUGAGAUGAAACGCGCCAUGUUUACAGCUUUAACAUGCCUUCAUAACUUGCCUGAUAUGCGUCCCAACAUGAAAAAGGUUGUUCAGCUACUGAAAGGCGAGAACGCGCCAGUAGAAAUGAAGCAAAAGUCAAUGGGAGGGAGGGCAUUGAUGUUUUCAGAAGAUUAUACCAGCACAAACUAUCUUCAGGAUCUCAAUCGCCAUAUGGAGCUCGUUAUGGAGUAAUCUUUUUCCACUUUUUUGUCAAAUGCUGUCGAUUCUUCCUCUGCUUCUGCUGCUAUACUUAUUCUAGUUGUUAUCCAUUUUGAUAUAUAAGCGCGUAAAAGGGAGAGCGUUAAAGCCAAUAGCUGCCCGGUCUAGUGCAGAGAAUCAGCAUCCAAAACUUUGAGUUUCUCUGGCUAGUAGCAGCACAAGUUUUUUAUGCAGUAGGAAACAAGGGAUUGUACUGCAUUAAGUACAGUAUAUCAUAUGUAAAAGAAAAGAGUUCAUGUUUUAUGUUUCUUUCUUAUUGUUAUUGGAUUUGGUUGCAAUCAUCAUACUGAUGAUUCAUUUUGUAGCUGAUCAUAUUUUUGUAUAUUAAAUAGUAGAAUUUGAUAAGGUGGUCUGUAUAUAUUA